AUGUCCUACGACCGCUACGUUGCCAUCUGCAAACCCCUGCACUAUGGGACCCUCCUGGGCAGCAGAGCUUGUGUCCACAUGGCAGCAGCUGCCUGGGCCACUGGGUUUCUCUAUUCUCUGCUGCACACGGCCAAUACAUUUUCACUGCCCCUGUGCAAGGGCAAUGCCCUGGGCCAGUUCUUCUGUGAAAUCCCCCAGAUCCUCAAGCUCUCCUGCUCACACUCCUACCUCAGGGAACUUGGGCUUCUUGUGGUUAGUGCCUGUUUAGUUUUCACAUGUUUUGUGUUCAUUGUGGUGUCCUAUGUGCAGAUCUUCAGGGCCGUGCUGAGGAUCCCCUCUGAGCAGGGUCGGCACAAAGCCUUUUCCACCUGCCUCCCUCACCUGGCCGUGGUCUCCCUGUUUGUCAGCACUGGCGUGUUUGCCUACCUGAAGCCUCCCUCCAUCUCUUCCCCAUCCCUGGAUCUGGUGGUGUCUGUUCUGUACUCGGUGGUUCCUCCAGCAGUGAACCCCCUCAUCUACAGCAUGAAGAACCAGGAGCUCAAGGAUGCCCUGAGGAAACUGAUGACUGGAUGGUUUUCUGAAUCAAUAAACUGCUCGUCUGCUUCUGCAUAG